GCGCAGAGCGGAGCCUGGCAGGAUGCAGAAGUGGCUUGUGCUCGCUCUCUCUCUCACCUUCCUCUGGACCCCACCAGAGGCCUCCCCGAUUCUGGCAGAAAAGCAGGCCAAACAGCUCCUGAGGAGCCGGAGGCAGGAGCGGCCCCCGAGCAAGCCUGGGUUCCCCGACGAGCCAAUGCGGGAGUACAUGCACUACCUGCUCCACCUGGAGCACCGCGCAGAGGAGCAGACCCUGGAGCACUGGCUGAAUCCUCACUGCAAGCCGCACUGCGACAGGAAUCUGGUGCACCCUGUGUGAGGCGCUGCACCCCCACUUGCUCGUAAGGGCUUUUCCGGCAGCGACCACAUUAAACCGGGACCAGUCUUCUUCUCUCAUUUGCCGUCACACCACGGACUGGAUGCCUUCUGAGCUCAUCACCUGUGCACAUGCCAAAGGUGGCUUUGGGGAUCCAUGGAAAAUCUACAUGCUGCUUUAUUUUAGUAGCUCAUUUAAAUCAUUUAAACCAAACAGCUUAAAACAUCGAUGCCCCUCCUCCAAGGGCCUUCCUCCCCAUUUGUAGAGGUGGGCAGAACCAGUCUUGCCAGCGCUGGGAGGGCUGGGACCUCCAGAAGCAGAACUGAGCCGGGCUGCCGAUCCUCACCCCGGAGUGUAAGCACACCCCUUGGGGCUGCUGGGGUUUUCUUGACUCUGCUUUUAUUUUCCUCCUUCCUUUUCUGUCCGAAUAAAUACUGAUGUUGAAUCUGC